AUGACUAUUCAUUAAUGAUAUUAUUAUUUAAAAAAUAAAAUAAAAAAACAUAAACUCGAGCCAUAGCAUGCAAGAGAAUCUAGUAUAGAGAAACGAGAAGCACCCCCAAAAAAAUCUAAGCACCCCUCAAAAUAUCUACCACAAACAAGCUUACACAAAUCGACACGUUUUAGCUAAUAACAAUGUCUUCAACCAUACUUCCCGAACUUUCUACACAAUCAUACCACUUUUUGUCCCCCAAGAUAUUUUCUCUACUCCUUUCAUUUUCUAGAUUCUCUUUGAUCAUUCUUCAUCUUUAUAUAUAUCUCAACCAAUCUCCAAUCUUCUAAUAUCUACUACUAUUAAUCCCAAUUCUUUUAAUAAUUUGAUAAACUAAAGUACAACUUCUGUUUUAACCCUAAAUUAAUUGGAAUUUUGUUAGUUUAUUGAGAAUUGUAAUGGAGAUUGGGGUUACGUCGGAGUCGUAUUACCGUGUUCUUGGUUUAAGUAACGCUUCUUCUAAUGAGGAGAUUCGUCGCGCUUAUCGCAAAUUAGCUAUGCAAUGGCAUCCUGACAAGUGGGCAAAUAAUCCGGCCAUGCUUGUAGAGGCUAAGAAGAAAUUUCAGAAAAUCCAGGAGGCUUAUUCAGUGUUGUCAGAUCCCACAAAGAGGACAUUGUAUGAUGUAGGCAUGUAUGAUCCCAUUGGAGAAGUGGAUGAGGGGUUCUGUGAUUUUAUGCAAGAAUUGUUGUCACUUAUGUCUCAAGUCAGAGAAGAGGAAAAAUGCAAUAGCAUGGAGGACCUUCAAAGUAUGUUUGCCGAGAUGGUUCAAGGAUUUCAAUCGCCUCAAUGGUUCUCUAGUCCUUCAGUAGCCAGCAACCAAGGAUGCUCUGGCAUAUUACAGCAAGAUGCUCAGUCAAUUAGACAGGAUUCCACGACAGCUAGCUCAAGUUUUGGGGUGUUUGGAAUGAGCAGUUAUUGUAGGUAGAUGAAACCUAACAUCUUGUUGAGAGCCUAGCUAAAGGGGAAAUUUGACUGUGAUUGCUCAUAUACAAGUACGAAAUUGAGCAUUGAUGUCUAAUAUAAACCCGAAGACUGAAAAAGAUCGCUGUAAAGUUGACAGCGCUAUAUCUGCAAAGUCCAAAACAUUUGUUUUUCAGAUGGUCAAUCAGUGUUUGGUUUCUUGUACACCCUUAUACGAUACAUAGGAGUAAUCUUGUUUUGUUUUGCCUUCUCUUAAGUGCUCAGUAUGUGAUGAGCUAGACUUUGUGCAGUCUUACAAACGUGAAUCUCCUAAACGAUUAUCUUACUCUGCAGUAUUUGUAACCUCCGAAAGAGCUUGACAGUUUUUGGAUUUCUCAUUAGCAAGGAUUGUUUCAGAUUGCUUAAUUUCCAUAAAGUAGUGUCUGCUUCACAAGGAAGAGAUACUGAUUCAUCUUU